AUGGGGAGGCAUACCACCCAUCCUGAAGUUUUGAAUGAAGAGCUAAUCAAGCAUGUGGAGAGGAAUCCUUUCUACAAUUCUACUUCAGAGUGUGCAAAGGAGCAUCUAUGCAACUUUGAGCAGCUUUGCCACGACUAUGGACUUGGAGACAACCCCAAGAAGAUACAACUUUUCCAACUAUCUCUAGCUGGACAAGCCAAAGACUGGGCUAAGUUCAAUGCCCAACAUGCUUUCAAGACUUGGAAUGGAUACAAAGGAGCUUUCCUCACAGAUUUGCAAAGGGAGAGCUACCAAGCUGCGCGCCAAACCAAGAUUGAAGAGAUGCUUCAAGAGUACUUGAGAAAUCAAGAAGAGAGUACAAAGAAGAUGGAGAGAAGAAUCGAUUUCAUCCAUGAGAGCCUUGGAAACAAAUCUGAAGUCCUAUUCAAGCAAGUGAUCAAGCUUGAUGAAGACAUUAAGAAGUUAAGAGAGGAUCAUGAUCGAUCUUUGACCCUAGUUAAGCUUGAUGUUGCUUCCAAAUAUCAAGAGUUGCUGAACAAGAGCAUGAGAAUUGAAGAUACUAGCUAUGGCAAUAGCAAACAUCUUGGAUCAAUCUACAACCGCCUACAAGCCCUUGAAGGAUCAUCUCAUGCCAAUUACAAGAGAGAGAGGAGUCCAACACCCAACCACCCUCCCUUUUAUUGCAAUGCCAUCACAAGAAGAAGCACUACUCAAGUCCAUGAGGACAAUGAAGAAGAAGAAAGAGAGUAUGAGGAACAAUUGAAUGAUGAAGAUGAAGAGCAGAGCAUCGACAUCAAUGCUUCCCCAAAACAGAGCAUGGAUACACCAAGCCCUAGAGACCCUCGUUUCUCACCAAGAAGUCAAGCUUCUACACUUCCAAGACUGGAAGCAAUGCAAAGACCAUCACCACCUACUGAAGAAGAAGAUACUUGGCAGUAUGAUCCCAUUGAUCCCAACAAGAUAAGCCCCAUGAAGCUUAAAGAGUUCAAUGCUAAGGUGAAAUCACUUCCAUUCUAUGUCACUUUUGAAGAAGCUUGGGAUAAACAUGGUCUAGUGGAGUUCUUUUUCACAACUAGUGAAAACAAAGAAGAGAUACACCAACUUUCAGGAAGGCUCGAUUUCCCAUUGCCCCUCAUGGAGUCAAUCAACCACCAUCACCACCAUCAUCACCACCACCCAGUGCCAGCAUGUCUUUCAAAGAAGCUUGGCGCCACUACCCAUUCACCACCUUUCUUCCACAACUGCAAGGAGACACCUGAGGACAUAAAAGAGCUUUUUGAGAAAGCUAAAGUUCAGCCUACCUUCAAGACCCUCUACAAGAUUGAAGACCCAGGUCAAUUCUCUAUUCCCUGUCAAGUAAAUGGUCAUUACUUUGAUAGAACACUAUGCGAUUCUGGCUCUUGCAUAAACCUCAUGCCAACCCAAACCGCCAAACUCCUUGGCAUCACACGCUUGCAACCUGCUCAAAUUAGUAUUGGACUUGCUAACCAUACUAUAGCCAAGCCAAGAGGAGUUGUUGUUGAUGUUCUUCUAGAGAUUGGAGAUAUCAAGAUCCCGGUGGACUUUCAUGUCAUAAACAUUCAAGGAGGAUGUGACACACCAUUGAUACUAGGCCGACCCUUUUUGGCCACUGCUGGAGCUGUCAUGGACCUUCCAAACCGGCGAAUGUCCUUAGCCAAUGUGACAAGACAGUCUUUUACAAGACCAUACCAUUCAUCGCACCAAACAAGCUGUCUUACCUCAUCACUGCCCAAGGCCGCCCAAGAGAGCCACCAGACCACACUCAAGGUCACAAUGAGACAAGAACUAAAAGACUAUGUCUCAGGCCGUGCCCUUACCCCAUCUCCAACUAAGAGAUCCUAUCAGUCAAGCUAA